CGACGUCGACGUCCACGCGACUCUCCAGGCCUGGCUCAUCGUGAUAAGGCAUCGCUCGGGCACAGAACGAGUUGUGAGAACUCGCAGCAGCCUCGUGCAGGGACACACCCACACAAGGCAUCCCUACGACAAAAUAUGGAGGUGGACGCCCCUGUGGCGCCAGCCGACGACGCAGCAGCGACGCCGGAAGCCACCGACGCGACGAGGCAAUUGGACGCACCCGCGGCCGACGACGCAGCCGUGCCGCCGGAUGCAGACGCGGCGAUGCAAGAGGCCGACGACGCGGCCGCGGAGGACACGGCGCUCAUCGCAGCAACGGCCGAAGCAGCCGCGAAGAAAGCAGAGGGCAACGCGGCCUUCGGCGCGGGAAAGCACGAAGAAGCAGAAAGCGCCUACGCGGCGGGCCUCGCGUCGUUAGAAGGACACGACACGUCCGGCGCGGAGCCGUCUCCCACACAAGUCGAGGCGCGCGACUUGGUGGUGUCGCUGCACGUGAACCGCGCGGCGGCCUUAUUACGGUUAGAAAGACGCGCGGACGCUGAACAAGCCUGCGACGCGGCGUUAGUGCUGCAGCCCGAGAACGUCAAAGCUUUAUAUAGAAGAGGAGUAGCGAGAGCAGAGAACCCCCUCAAGGCGAUUGAUGACCUGAAGCGGGCUUUGAAGCUGGAGCCGGGCAACACGGCCGCCAAACGCGAGCUCGCGAAAGCCGAAAGGCGCCGCGCCGAGCGUGAAAGGGAAGAGCAGCGCAAGAUGAAGCAGGGCCUGCGCAAGGCGGCUUCAUUAAGUUUGUACGGGGACAAGGAGGCGGAAAAACGAGAAAAAGCCCAACGGAAGAAGCGGCGCGAGGCGGCGCAGCGCGAGCGCCAUCAAGCGUGCAACGCUGAGCGAAAAGCGGAGGGCAAGGAGGAACUGAGCUUUAGUGAAUGGGAAAAGGACGAGAAGGCUAAGCGUGAAAAAUUGGCGAAGGAUCGGGAGCGCGCGAGCGAGGCGGCGGCGGCGGCGCGGCGCGACGAGCGGCGGCGGCGGUCUGGUGGUGACGACGUCGUAGUGGUGGACGACGAGGGCGAUUUGGCACGAGGCUACAAGACGACGGACGACGGGCGGCGGACGUCGUAUUUUUCGAGGACGCCGGACGCCGAGGCCGCGAAACUCUUGGCCGCGAACCAGGCGCCGCGGCGCCUCGCCGGCGACGCCAUUGAGGUGACGGAUUCCGACGGCAGCGCCUGGAACGCGGCGGGCACGACCUUCGAGGAGCGCGACAUGAAGACGUGGUGCGAAGAGACGCUGCGCCGGCGGUUGCGGGCGGCCGCGGCCGAGGCUUCUGGUGUUACCAUCCGCGCGACAUCCAUCACAAAAUGUAGUGGAGAGGCGUCGCUCGUCGUCUCGCGCGGCCGCGCGCGGCGCAUCUUCGAGUUCGCGGCCGACGUCGCGUGGGAGGCCAAGCUCCCCGCCGAGGCGCCGCCGGGCCCCGGCGCCUGUACGAUCACGGGGACGCUGCGCAUGCCGGAGAUCAGCUCAUCUAUCAAUGACGGCGCCUACGCCGCGCACGCGCGCAAGGACGCGCAUUCUCAGCUCUCUCCAUCAAGGGCCGCGGCGCUCGACGCCGCGAUUAAUGAAUUCGCGGCGGCGGCGCGGACUGCCGUCGUCGCGUUCGUCGGCGACUACGCCGAGAAGAAGAUCCGAUGAUGAUAAUGGGGAGCCUUAAUUAACAAUCUAUACUAUC